UGCAUGUGUUCGUGUGAGUGUAGUCGACACUUAUUUUAUUACUAUUCAUAUUUAAAAUUUGGCUGCAGCACAAACAAUCGAUCUAAAAUUGUGACGGUCACUCACUGGCUAUUUUAUAGCUAAAUAGAUUCCGGAAGAGAUGGCAAUGCUAUCAGGUAGCGAGGAUAACAGUCAGAAAGGAAAAUCAAAAAAAAAUCGUUAAAGGGGUUAGAAAGUAUAAUUAUAGUCACACGCGCACCGUAACCAAAGUAAGUCGCAAGGGAUCAGAUACAACCACUAGCACCAAUCGGAACACACUUGAGGCACGAUUGUUUGAAUACGUAUCCUUCGGCACAGGCGAACCUAUUUUCAUCGCACAUGGGUCUGGAAAGGUUAAAAAAUGUCAUAUUAUUAAUGACUUUAUGUACGAUGACAGGGUACUCACUGUCCACUUCGACACAAGAAGUAGUAACGAGGGUUGAGUGGAUCCUGGAUAAUUCCGUCAUACGGACAGAUGGUUGAAGAUGGCUGAGUAGGUUGAUUGUUCAGUGCUAUCAGCAAAGGAUUCUGCUUCAGGGCUGCCAAUUGUGGCAAACUACUUGCUAGAUUUUUCAUGUUCGUAAAUAGUUCAGCAAAAGGUUGUUGAGGUGGUGGAGUGCUAGCCGAUGCCGUCGCAAUUAUGUUGAUCAGUGGUUGACCAGAAUCGCUUGGUCCUACACUAACAAUCUGGCCGGUAGUUGAGAGUGACUGACAAGGUUGAACUAUUGGAGCUAUCGGGACUAUCGGGACUAUCUGAACAGGCUUCGGCGGAGCUUCUGUGCUUCCAAUACUUGCUGUUCCCACAAUCCUUAUCAGAGAUCGUGGGCAAUUCUGUGGCGAUUCAGUUACACCAGUACUAGCAGUUGCAAUGAAGCCUAUUCGAGAUUUCCCAGGACAAUACUGUGCCGCUUUCGGCAUCGGUUGGAUAACUACGGUUUGCUCCGGUUCGGAAAACAGUAAACUCGAACUAGCCGGCGCCCCAUGUUCCGAGAACAAGUGCGUAUCACAAGCAUCACCUUCCGGUAAAUUCAACAACGCGAAUGCCUGAUCUGAAUUUGCUAGAAUUACCGGCGGACAGUCGCUUUCUUCCACCUUGGCUGGAACUGCGAUUUUCGGGCCUGUUAAUACCGAUAGAUCUCCUUCCAUGAACCGAUCGUCGAUAAGGUCAUCUUCCUCCUGAACCAAUACAGGUGGAUUUGUCGUUACCGCUAUCGGAGCUCUCACAAUCGGUGGUGCAACCACAGGAGCAGGUCUAUGUUGAACAACAUACGGUGCCUCAUCAAUUAUAUUCAGGGGUUCUGCCGGAGCAACGAAGCCACAUCCCCCAAUUGAACUCGCGUGUGCCUCUUCAUCAGCGUACGCCUUCGGGACCGAUUCAUACGCAUAUGGAUCUUCUUCCUCCAUCAGCCGCAUUGCCGCGAAUUUUUCAUACGAGUCGAACUCUGAUUCUCCAACGCUUCGCUGAGCCAUGGCCGGCUGAUCAUUGCUAACGGUCGUUUUCUCCACAGCUUGCAGGGAAGUCAAAAUGGUGUUCGUAAUAGGAUGCGACCCGUCGCCGCACAGAUUAAGUGGAUCAUCCUCAUCAUAGUCGAACACGGCAAUGCCACCGAUCGCUUGAUCCACCGCAUAUUGCACCUUCUCCAUAAUUGACUUCUUGUUCUCGUACGAGUACCAGUUCAACUCACGGACGGCGUACGGACAACGAGCCUUCUCUUCGAAUAUCUCCAGCGAACCACUGUACAACUUCUGGCAAAUUUUGUAAUACGGUCGUACCUUCAGCUUCGCUACCGGCGUUCCCAACCGAUACUCGUUCAGCUGGUAAAGCUUGUAGGUGAGCGAGUCGGUUUGUAUGACGAUUACAAUCUUCUCGCUGCUCAGGCCCGCCAUUUUCCAUGAGUUCACGUGGAAGUCCUGGAAUUAAAUAGAAGAAAUGACUCAACGCAGUGUUAUUUUUCUCGGGCUUAUACUUCCGAGUGCAGUACGAUAAGCCCGCAGUGCGUGUGGUGAAAAUAUACUGUUUUUGAGUCGAGUUUCAUCUACUUCAUGGACUUCUGUGACAGGCACCAUCCCGAAGCGUCUAAUUGUGGCCAUCAUGAUCUUCGUCGCCUGCCUAACAUCAUUUAUGCUUCGUGUCAACAUGUCCAUCAAUCUUCUUGCUAUGGUAAAACCAACAACGAACAACUCCUACAUUAAACAAACAACAACAGCACUUGCCAGCAGUAAUUCCAGCGAUUCCAGUGGAAUCUUAUCAUUUGAAUUUAGCUCAACAACCUUCGCCGCAUCCAACGAAAGUAGUGCGGAAGAAGUUAAGAAACAACUUCAAAACUUCGGCCCGCGAUACGAGUGGGAUCAGAACACCCAAGGAAGAAUCCUGGGAGCGUAUUUCUACGGAUAUCUGUUUACAUCGCUACCAGCUGGUCUGUUAGCCGAACGUUACGGACCAAAGUUCCUGCUAACUCUCUCGUUCGUAGCCAGUGCCAUCAUAACGGCGUUAACGCCAGUAUUCGCUAGCUUCGAUGCUUGGUACGUAAUCGUUUCGCGGGCUCUCAUUGGACUGCUAGCGGGAUUCGUGUACCCUGCCAUACACAACCUAAUUGCCCGAUGGAUUCCACCAAACGAACGCGGAAAAGUGGUAGCCUGCAUUUCCGGUGGAAGCACAUUCGGCACGGUUAUCACAUGGCCUAUAGCCGGUAUUCUAACCGAACAGUUCGGUUGGGUGUAUGCAUUUUACAUUCCAGCGCUGUUCGUUCUGGCGAUUGCUGUCAUUUGGUGGCUGUUGAUCGAAGACUCUCCCGACCAACAUAAGACUAUAACAGUUGCCGAGAAACAAUUCUUAGGAAGUACAUUCGGCAAUACAGUAAGCAAGACAAAGUCUUGGCCACCGUUUGGUAAGGUGUUUACUUCGCUACCUUAUCUGGCACUGUUAAUACUACAUUAUGGUAAUUUCUGGGGUAUGAACUUUUUCAUAACGCAAGCCCCUAAAUUCAUGAAUGAGGUGCUUGGAUUUAAGCUUUCGAAUGCAGGCUUCCUCUCGAGUCUGCCAUAUCUCGCACGGAUGAUCUCCGGAUUUUUCUUCGGGUACAUAGGUGAUUUGAUUCGACAGAAGGACAUCAUGAGCACAACCGCCGUCAGAAAAUCUUUCUGUUUGUUCUCUCAUCUCAUCCCGGGAGUUUUGCUAUUUCUACUUCCAUUCAUCGCCCAAGAUCCACUCGUAUGCGUUGCUUGUAUUGUGGCGUGUUUGGGCUUCAAUGGUUCGUCGACCAUCACCAAUCUGGUCAACGCUCAGGAUCUCUCGCCCAAUUUUGCUGCUACGCUUUAUGGAUUCAUGAAUUUCUUAGGGACUACGGCCGGGUUUCUAGCGCCGAUGUUGGUAGCAUAUUUCACGGCAGAAAAGAACACAAUGGAAGAGUGGAGGAACGUCUUUCUGAUAAGCGCGGGAAUCUACGUCAUAUCCGGUAUAAUAUUCAUCGUUUUUGGGUCUGGAAAAGUGCAGAAAUGGAACGAAAUCGUGAAAAAACCUCAAGAGCAAGCUAAGGUAGCGACAUACAACAGAGAUAGUGCCGUUGAAGAUGGUAACUUCAAAUCCGCUUAACCGUUAUAAGUAUUUCAAGAUAAAUCCCGUAUAGAAAAAAUAUUUAUUUUAGAUAAGCCAAAAUAAACGCUCAAUCAGUUAUCCUUCUCA